AUGUGUCAUAAAUGUAUAAAGGGGAACAGUCAAACUACGGACGUCAUUAUUCAGACAGAGGGAAUAUACAACACCACCAAACAGAAGAGACGCACAGAAGUGGCUCUGAAAAACGAGACAGAGCAGACAGAAAGCAGGAUGCAGCUAUACUGGCUUAAAUUUGUGAUCCUGUGUACUUUGAUACGUGGCGUAUCAGCGGCGUUGUUUCCGAGCAAUCUUACAGAAACUAGUGGACCACCGGGUACAGGGGGACCACCAGGGACAGGAGGUCCACAAGGUACAGAAGGGCCUCCAGGUACAGGGGGUUCAUCUGGAACAGGUCCACCAGGUACAGGAGGACCACCAGGGACAAGGGGGGCUUUAGGCACAAGCGGACCACCAGGUACAGAAGGACCUCCAGGAACAAGUGGACCACCAGGUACAGAAGGACCUUCAGGAACAAGUGGUCCACCAGGUACAGGAGGACCCCCCGGAACAGGAGGACCACCAGCAACAGGAGGACCACCAGGUACAGGAGGACCGCCGGCAACAGGAGGGCCACCGGCAACAGCAGGACCACCGGCAACAGCCGGGCCACCAGGAACAGGGGGGUCACCGGGAACAGACGGUCCACUGGGAACAGCAGGGCCACCAGGAACAGCCGGGACAUCAGGAACAGAGGGGCCAACAGGUACAGGUGGCCCACCAGCAACAAGUGGACCACCGGGCACAGGGGGGCCACCAGGGACAAGUGGUCCACCGGGAACAGGCGGCCCGCCGGGAACAGAGGGGCCACCGGGAACAGCAGGGCCACCAGGAACAGCAGGGCCAUCAGGAACAGGAGGUCCACCAGGUACAGGUGGCCCACCAGCAGGCAGUGGACCACCGGGCACAGGAGGGCCACCAGGGUCAAGUGGCCCACCGGGAACAGGAGGCCCACAGGCAACAGGUGGGCCACCUGGGACAGGAGGACCACCAGGGACAGGAGGACCACCAGGGACAGGAGGACCACCGGCAACUGGAGGACCACCCGGAACUGGAGGUCCACCAGGCGCAGGAGGGCCACCAGGAACAGGCGGUCCCACAGGAACCGGAGGUCCACAAGGAAUAAACACUGGUGGACCCCCAGGAACUGAAGGACCCAAAGGUUUGAAAGGUAUGGUCGGACCGCCUGGUGACAUAAAGGGCCAAAAAGGUCAGAAGGGAAUGAUGGGAAAUGUAGGGAAUUUUGGUGCCACAGGAGAAAUGGGCAUAAAAGGAAUGAAGGGGAUUAAAGGAAUGAAGGGGAUGAGUGCAAUUGGACAGAAAGGACAGAAGGGUGAUACCAUGACAAUGGUGCAAAUGCGUCCUGGAAGACAGCCGAGUCCACCGGGUACCCCUUCAAUGGUCACGAAUGGUGCUGUUACUGCUGGGAUGCAACACAUACCAGUUGACUGGCCUCAAAGAAAAUUAACAGAUGCAGAAGAUAUAAGCCCAGACCUUAAGGCAAAGCUGGAUGCGGCUAUAAAACACCAAAUCAUCCUAAGCUGCAUAAUAGGGACGGUGCUCAAUGGAACCAUUGCCAUAUACAUUGUUUACUUCCGGGCGCGACGCAGAGAGAAAGCCGCCAUUGCUAGAUUGCGACAAAAACUUUUAUAUUAG